AUGAGUAGUAAAGUUAGGAUAUUUACCAGAGACAUGGUUAAGAAGGCCAAUCAAGAUGGUCCAAGACGCAGCAAACAUCAGAUGCCCCUUGACGUAACCCACACUGAUGAGAAAACGUUGACUGAAGGACAGAAAAAGCUGGAAAAGUUGUUGCUGAAGGAAGACGCUGAUGCUUGGACGUACGUUAAAGACCCUGCGGAUGUGAUUGAGAAUGAAGAUGAAGAACACAAUGAUCAAGACAUAGAAGAAGAAGACGAAGAAGCUGAAGCAGAGAAAGAGAAAGAGAAAGAGAAAGAGAAAGAAAAUACUGAAGAAGCAGAGAAAGAGAAAGAGAAAGAGAAAGAAAAUACUGAAAAAGAAGAAGAAGACAGUUCAGAAGAAGAAGUUGGAAAAGAACAUGAAGAACGUUUGACAGACAA